AUGCUGCGCCGUCUCCAGCGCUACAACGUGUGCAACGAUGUCUUCCACAUCUGGCACGACGGUCUGUUCGGUACCAUUAAUGGACUGAGACUUGGCAGGUUACCGUCUAAACCGGUGGAGUGGGUCGAGAUUAACGCGGCAAUGGGCCAGACAGUGUUGUUGCUGGCAACUAUCGCUGACCGUGCCGGUCUGUACAGCGACGGUGGCAUGUUCCGCCGUCGAGGCUUCAAUCAAGCUAUGAUUCUAUUUCUCGAGUGCGUAGAUGACGCAGGUCGUCGUGCCAUGAAAGAAGAGCUAUUGCUCAAGUUCCCGUACAAGGUGGAGCGCGGCAAAAUCGGUGGUCUGCCUAUUUCGCUUGGUAACGAUGAGCAGUGGACUCGAGCGCUCAAGUACAUGCUCACGCAUCUUAAAUGGCUCUUGGCUUGGAUUUCGAAGCGCUAUUGA